AUGAGCGUGAGGCGUAACCCCUGGACCUUCAUCCGGGGGGUUUCCCCCGCCUUACUGACCGCGGUGCUCAUCUCGUCCAGCUCGGCCACGCUGCCGCUCACCAUCCGAUGCUGCGAGGAGAAGAACAACAUCGACCGCAGGAUCACUCGCUUCAUGCUGCCCAUCGGGACCAACGUCAACGUGGACGGAACGACCCUCUACGAGGUGGUCGCAGCCGUUUUCAUCGUCCAUCUCAACAGCGUCCACCUGGAUCUCAGCCAGAUGAUCACCGUCGGGUGAGAGGACGAGUCAGAGUCCGCUUUAUUGCCAACUACAUUUUCACCUACAAG